AGCGAGCGCGCGUCGGGAAAUCUGUAUCGUUCGAAUAAAAAAAAGUGGCGUUUCGUGUUUUCCGCGCGGGCAGGGCGGUGUUGGAAACUUCCGUCUCCCUUUCUAAUUUUGGCAAAAGAAGAAGUAAUGCAAGUUUUGGUAGACUUUUGAACUCGGGCGGGGAGGUCAAAGGUCGGAAUCAAAAUGGCCGCCCUGGCGGACGGCGGUUUGAGACGGCGCGAGGGGGGAGCGGAGGGGCGGUGACGACAGGGCGCGAGAGCUGGCCCAGGCGCGAGCUCGAGCAACCGCCGCCUCUCACCCACCACCAGCACCCCCCCUCGUCCCCACCGCCGUCACCCCUCAUCCCCCCCUCUUCGAGACUCGGAGCAAUGAGAAGCAACGGCGAGUCGUAUCUCGUUUAACCCAGAGUGAGCGCGGCCCAGCUAGACAUGAACAGGAAGAAGGGAGACAAGGGGUUCGAGAGCCCGAGGCCCUAUAAAUUAACUCACCAGGUGGUCUGCAUAAAUAAUAUAAACUUCCAGAGAAAGUCUGUUAUAGGAUUUGUGGAGUUGACCAUAUUCCCAUCACUUGCUAACCUCAAUAGAAUAAAACUGAACAGCAAGCAAUGCCGGAUUUACAGAGUAAGAGUAAAUGAUUUGGAAGCUGCAUUUAUUUACAAUGAUCCAACUUUAGAAGUCUGCCACCAUGAAUCAAAGCAGCGGAAUCUUAAUUAUUUUUCCAAUGCCUACGCGGCAGCAGUCAGCGCAGUUGACCCAGACACAGGAAAUGGAGAGCUGUGCAUCAAAGUCCCAUCUGAACUAUGGAAACAUGUUGAUGAGAUGAAAGUUUUGAAGGUAUAUAUCGAAUUUUCCUUGGACCAGCCAAAAGGAGGGCUUCAUUUUGUUGUGCCCAAUAUGGAAGGUAGCAUGGCUGAGCGAGGUGCACAUGUCUUUUCCUUUGGUUAUGAAAACUCUACAAGAUUUUGGUUUCCUUGUGUUGAUUCUUAUUCUGAGCUUUGCACUUGGAAAUUGGAGUUCACGGUCGAUGCUGCCAUGGUGGCAGUUUCCAAUGGAGAUUUGGUGGAAUCUGUUUAUACCAAUGACAUGAGAAAAAAAACUUUUCAUUACAUGUUGACUAUUCCAACGGCAGCACCAAACAUUUCUCUUGCUGUCGGUCCUUUUGAAAUACUGGUUGAUCCUUACAUGCAUGAGGUGACACAUUUUUGCUUACCUCAACUAUUGCCUCUCCUAAAACACACCACCUCCUUUCUGCAUGAAAUUUUUGAAUUUUAUGAAGAGAUUCUAACCUGCCGAUAUCCCUAUGCCUAUUACAAAACUGUAUUUGUUGAUGAAGCUUAUGUAGAAGUAGCUUCAUAUGCAUCUAUGAGUAUUUUAAGCACAAACCUUCUGCACAGUGCCAUGAUUAUAGAUCAGACGCCACUUACCAGACGAUGUUUAGCACAAGCUUUGGCUCAGCAAUUCUUUGGCUGUUUCAUUUCCAGAAUGUCAUGGUCAGAUGAAUGGGUGUUGAAAGGGAUCUCUGGAUACAUUUAUGGCCUUUGGAUGAAAAAGACAUUUGGUGUUAAUGAAUACAGACACUGGAUUAAAGAGGAACUGGACAAAAUAGUGGAAUAUGAAUUAAGAACUGGUGGAGUUCUGCUGCAUCCCAUAUUUACAGGGGUAAAAGAGAAAGAAACACCUGCUCCACACUUGCACUUUUCCAUUCGUCAUCCUCACACAUUGUCCUGGAAGUAUUACAAGAUGUUUCAAUGUAAAGCCCAUCUGGUGAUGCGACUCAUUGAAAACAGGAUCAGCAUGGAGUUCAUGCUUCAGGUCUUCAACAAACUUUUGAGUUUAGCCAGUACUGCUUCAUCACAAAAGUUUCAAUCGCACAUGUGGAGCCAGAUGCUACUUUCAACAACUGGAUUUUUAAAAUCAAUAUCUAAUGUGUCUGGAAAAGAUAUUCAACCUUUGAUAAAACAGUGGGUUGACCAAAGUGGUGUAGUGAAGUUCUUUGGCAGCUUUGCAUUUAAUAGGAAACGAAACAUCUUGGAGUUGGAACUGAAGCAAGAUUGUACUUCUUUGGGAACACAGAAGUAUGUGGGACCACUGAAGGUGACAGUCCAGGAGUUAGAUGGAUCAUUUAACCACACACUACAAAUUGAAGAAAACAGCCUCAAGCAUGAUAUUCCGUGCCAUUCCAAGAGCAGACGGAAUAAGAAAAAGAAGAUUCCACUAUUGAAUGGAGAAGAAGUGGAUAUGGAUCUUUCUGCUAUGGAUGCUGAUUCCCCUUUGCUGUGGAUAAGAAUAGAUCCAGACAUGUCUGUUUUGAGAAAAGUGGAAUUUGAGCAGGCUGAUUUCAUGUGGCAGUACCAGCUCCGCUUUGAGAGGGAUGUGGUUGCACAGGAGGAAUCAAUUCAUGCUUUAGAAAAAUUUCCUACUCCAGCAUCACGGCUAGCACUAACAGAUAUCCUGGAACAAGAGCAGUGCUUUUACAAAGUCAGAAUGCAUGCUUGCUUCCGGCUGGCAAAGAUUGCAAAUGCCAUGGUGAAUACUUGGACAGGUCCUCCAGCCAUGAAGUCACUCUUUACACGAAUGUUCUGCUGCAAGAGUUGUUCAAAUAUUGUUAAGACCAACAAUUUCAUGAAUUUUCAAAGUUAUUUUCUACAGAAGACAAUGCCUGUUGCUAUGGCUUUGCUGCGGGAUAUCCAUAACCAGUGUCCCAAGGAAGUAUUGGCCUUUAUUUUGGACCUCAUUAAAUACAACGACAACAGAAAGAAUAAGUUUUCAGACAACUAUUAUCGUGCUGAACUUAUAGACGCACUUGCCAACUCGGUGACACCUGCAAUUAGCAUCAAUAAUGAGGUUCGAACGUUGGACAAUCUCAAUCUUGAUGUUCGUCUAAUUCUGGAAGAGAUCACCAGAUUUCUAAACAUGGAGAAGCUGCUUCCAAGUUAUAGAAAUACAAUAACUGUCAGCUGCCUGAAAGCUAUUAGAGUGCUACAGAAAAAUGGACAUAUUCCUAGCGAUCCGUCACUCUUCAAAUCUUACGCAGAAUAUGGACACUUUGUUGACGUUCGCAUUGCAGCUUUGGAAGCAGUUGUGGAUUAUACGCAAGUGGACAGGAGUACUGAAGAAUUGCAAUGGUUGCUGGAUCUUGUUCAGAAUGAUGCUGUGCCUUACAUAAGGCAUAAGGUUUUGAGUAUGCUCAAUAAAAACCCACCUUUCACCAAGAAUACAGAUUCUCCACUGUGCAGUGAGGCCCUGGUGGACCAGCUCUGGAAACUAAUGAACUCAGGAACUUCCCAUGACUGGCGACUUCGCUGUGAUGCCGUGGAUGUGUACUAUACCUUGUUUGGCCUCAGCAGACCAUCUUGCCUUCCUUUACCAGAGCUCGGUCUUGUGCUCAACUUGAAGGAAAAGAAGACUGUUCUAAAUCCUAUUAUUAUACCUGAAACGGGAACAAGUGGACAAGAGACUGUAGGCAGUGCAAGCAUACAUGGAUUAAUGUCUGGCUUCCAGACAAAUGAAGAGGAGCAUCUUACCAAAGACUCUGCUUCCACUGGGUCUGGAGUUCCGCCGAUCAUAAAGAGAAAAGCUGAGACACCACUUGGUUCCCCAUUGGAACCCGGGCAGGUUCUGGAGAAGGAUGAAGAUAAUAAGGUUAAGCUUAAAAUCAAAUUUUCUAAUUCUCAAGAAGAUGAAGAGAUUGACAUAGACUCUGUUCAUGAUAGUCAGGCUUUCAUUUAUCACCAGUUAAACAUACUUGAAAGACCAUCCACUCCAGGAAAAGAAACAACAGCCAUAGAAAAUGCCAUGAUUUCCAAUUCAGCUGCUCCACUUCCUUCACUUGGCAAAGAAUCCAGUUCAUCGAGACAUGGGGAGCACCAUCACCACCACCAUCAUGAACACAAGAAAAAGAAGAAAAAGCAUAAACACAAACAUAAACACAAGCACAAACAUGAUGGGAAAGACAAGGAAAAGGACAUGUUUACUUUUACAAGCAGUCCAGCUAGUGGGCGGUCUUUAAACUCUCCAUCAAUUUCAGAUUAAAUUAUAUGGUGAACCAUCUAAGCAGUUAUCAAACAUUUAUAUCAAAUGUAUAUCAAACAUUUUCAAAAGUAAAGGACUGAAUGUGAAACAAGGAAGACUACUUCUGCCCCUUUCUUUUGUCAAACUUUUAGCUUUCUGAGGAAAUAACCAAAACUGCUGUCAACAAUGAUCAAAGUACAUGUCGAAUGGAAUCUAAGCCUCAUUCCACUUGUUUGAUGUGUUUAACUGGCUUAAACUAACAUCUGCUGGUUUGUACAACUGACAAUCAUUGCUGCUUUCAAACUGUUGAAAAUAAGCACCCUACCCCCGAUCCCACCCUACCCCAUCCUUCUAAUUAAUCUUUGUAACCAUAUUUUCCUAACGUGUCUACUAGUCUAGCGGGAUCCUGCUUUACAUUUCUCACUCUGAUUUUGUGCUUGUUCAAAUUUGUUGUUGGAAGUUGGGGGUGCAGUAGUUUUUCCAAGUAAAACCUUGUAUAUAACAAGCAUAACUAAAAAUGAUCAUGCUGUACAGAAAAGAGUUAGAGCCUGAAAAUCCUGAGAAUCUGUUGUACCAAAGCAACUGUUCCUUGGGUAAGGAUAUAGCUCAAUCCCAUAUAUAAUGGUGAAAAUCUUGAGCUUGUCCACAACCUCACUGAAUAUGUAAACUUGAUGUAGAAAGUGGGUAGGAAGGGAAAUAGGACAGAAUUGGAAAGUGGUGGGGUAAAACGAGCGGAAUCCAGGUGGACUAAGCUUGUAUUUUCUAAUCUCUUGCAAGCAAUGCAUCUCAGUUCCACAGUGGGGCCUAUUGAACGAAGCUGCCACUGCUCACUGGCGUAGAUGCACACUUAGUGAUCCAUCUUCCUCAAUGAUUUAGUUGCAAGUUGUUUUAAAAAAAUUUAAUGAGUUUACUGCCAACUUAUUUUGCCUUUUAGUAGUUGCAUAUAGUUAGAAAUCUCACUUGGGAUACUGUAUUAACUAAUGAUGGCAGCAAUUCUUUUAGUUGCACCAAAGAACUUAUGGUACAAGAUAUUUUAACAGACAAUGGUUGUAUUGCAUUUACUCUGGUUUGAUCAGAACUCAGGUGGGUCUGUGUAAUAAAGAUUGGUCUUUAGCUGUUAUAGUGUCUGUUACAAGUAAUUGUUUUCUUUUUUCUUAUUGGCAAAAUGUCUUUUCUGUCCCAUUGUUCAAGCACUUCUUAUUUUUCAUUAAGUUUGCACUUUUCUUAUUUACAAUUGUUUGUUUCCAAUAUUUGUUUGAGUCAUAUUGUACAAACCUCCAUUUAAAAUUUCUCUUCAAUCAUACUCCUCAAAAAUAUCCCCAAACACAGUACAGCAAAAACCAUAUUAGAGCAAAAAAAUUCUCUCUUGAUACAGCUGUAACAACAGUUUCUCACCUACCAAACUGUACGGUCUGUCUGCCCUUUUAAACAAUAGAAGCUCCAAUUCCAUGUUUUCCUGACUUUGUACAACAGAACCAAACAUGAUACAUUGCAGCAUUCCCUAUCAAGACUUUAACCCUUUAACUUUACUAUCAGGCUAUCCUAUAAUUCCCAAACACCUGAGAUUACAAACUCUAGUUUACACUGUUCAUUCAGCUCAUGUUCACUACAGCUGAAUAGGUCGUGGAAUUGGUGAGUUACAACAGUGAUGAUUUAAGUUUUUUAACUAACUAUUUACUGCAGAAAUAUAAGGAUACAAAUUACUUGACAACAGGCUCUAAACUAGACUAUACAUGGCCAACCAUGAAAGAUCUAAUAAAUUAAAAGUAUUUCUCACUUUUAUACAUCAGUGCUCAUUAACCUGCUAUUGUUUUAAAUAUAGCUAAUAAUACUUUUUCUCGGCUAUAUUAAAUAAUAAUUAUUGAAGGUCAAAUAAUUUCUACAUCAUAAUAUUUUGCAUGGCCCUGCUAAUUUGGGUAUAGAUUUGCUGAGUCGUGCAUCUAAAAUACGGUGAAUAAGGUUUCUUUUUGUAAAUUCAAUAAUGAGGGCAUUUUCCAUGUAUACCUGGUAAAGGUAAAAGCUGCGACUUUUUACAGGCUUCUGUUUAGCAAUACGUCUAACUUUGUAAUCUUUUUCUUGUACAGGGAGAUUUUGAAAGUGUUUAUAAACUAUGGAUUCAGUGUAUAAUUUUAAGAAAUUAGUGCAUUUAUUUAGUACAUUACAAAUUUUUUUGUGAUGGAUACUAACAUACAUGCAGUAAAUGUAAUUAAUCAAAUUAAUUUUUUUAAAGCUCAGCUAUGGUUUUCAUACUUGUCUACAGUGCUAAGACACAGUUUGUGAAUAUUACAUCAAUUUUACUUUGAAAAUGUAUGUACUUUCCAUUUAUAAUUCUGAUGUAACGCUAUGACAAAAAUCAGCAAAUAUUAUUUCUAAACUCGUUAUUUUUAAAAAGUAUAUAUUUGGUGCAGAGUUUUUUCAAUGUAUUUGUUUUAGUGUUGAGUUGGAAAUAAUAAUAGAAAACUAAUUUAAGAGUACAGGACAUCAAUGCAACAAGUAUUUCUAAUCUUAUUAAAGUUUGCAAACAAAAUAUUCUGUAAUAAUUUGUCCCCCCAAGAAUUAAAACCAUGUUACUUUUAUGCUGUAUUUGUAUACUCACCUCUUGAAAAUUAUUUGAUUUAGAAAAUAUUGUUUAAAAGAUCUUGUAAGCUUUACCAAGUUGUCUCCUCCAUAAAUUUGCCUUUGAGACUGAAAUGCUAAAUCUUCAAGUUUCAAAAUUCAGCGCCUAUUUAGUUACAAUAUAAGGAUGCAUUAGUCCAAAAUUACUACAUUCUGGGCUGGUACCAGAUCUUAGAAAGGCAGCAAAAGUUGGACAUCUUUUGAAAACAGUAGUACAAGACAAAAAAGAAGGCUGAAGAUUUAGCAUGGCUUCUUCCAUCGUGAUAAACAAGAUGCUUAAAAGUCACAAAUGCAUACUUUAGAUUAUUCUGAUUAAAAUGGUUUUAGUUUUAUCAGCCAAGUGUUCAGAGAGUAGGUCAGUCCAAACGUGAUGUGAAUUUCUUCAAUUGUGUGUUUGGCAGUUUUUUAAAAUAAAAAGAUAUGGUUAUUUA